AUGGCCCAGCUUCCGCUACCCAAGUUUGAUACCCCGAGUGGACGGAAAGAACUCAACGAGCUAUUGAGCACCCUUGACCCGGAUUCUGACGCAAAAGAGUCUCCUCCGAUAACGACAGCCUUUUCCACAGCGCACGAGGCCUUUGUGCGUUCUAUCCUGACAGAUCCUUCCGAGCCACUGGGAAACUACGUCUUCGGGCCAGCGUAUGCACCCUUUGACAACUCCAACAAAUCUUACCGCGCCUCUGGGAACGCGGCGCCGGAGCAUUCGGGCACAAACAAGGGCGUGAAGAUUGACCCACGCUACCUCUCCCACCCCCUUGACCUCGAGCUCCUCGCGCGCCAGGUGCGCUUUACCGAAGAUGCGAUUACCCGUGCGGAGCCACUCACGCGCCAUCUCAAGCCGUACACCAAGAGGUUCACGGACCUGGAAGUGACCAAGGAGUAUGUUCGCCGCACUGUGGACGGCGCGCAUCACUAUGUUGCUGUUGUCUACGGCGUUGCUGAGCUGGGCGCCAGCUUCAUCAAGAACGACAUAUUGUGA